AUGACCGACGCGACAUGGACUGUGCAUACAGCCCCCCACCCAAAGAUCGAUAAGUUGUCUGAGCCGACGGAGGUAACCCCACCUGCAUAUGGUCCCAAACCUUCCUAUUUGGAGUCUAGCCAGGCGCGACACUGGAUGUUCAGUGCACGGGAGCUACAACGGCAAAAACAGGAAGCACAUGACCAUGCCGCUUCCCUCUUGCGAUCAGCGACAGAUGCGGAGGCUUCUGUUGAGCCUCUUUCUGCCGAGGAAGAGGUAGCGAUUAUACGUUUCUAUCUCCUUCGAAUUGGGAAGAUCGUCAAGGCGUUCGGACUGCCUUCGCUCAUCGAAGCGACAGCCAUGACACUCAUGAAACGCUUCUAUUUGCGGAAUUCGUGCAUGCAAUUCCAUCCGAAGCUCAUCAUGUUGACCAGCAUCUACCUUGCUGCCAAGGCAGAGAAUUACCCUAUACCUUUAUCGCAUUUCUGUGCUCAAAUCAACAAGAGUGCAGGUGCAGCCCCGACUGAGAGUAAGCCAUCAGCCGCGCGAGGCGAUGUGACGGAGAGUAUUCUCAGUGAACUUGAGUAUGGUAUGGUGUUGAGUUUAGACUUUGAAGUGGCUGUCCAUGGCGCACAUCGUGCUCUUUAUGGCUUUAUCUUGGACUUGCAAACGGUGGAGCCAUCGCUUACACGCGACGAUUUGAUGGUGUUUGCAGGUACUGCACAAGGCUAUAUUCAUAUGAGUCGUUUGACAGACGCCGAGUUUCACUAUGCACCCUCCCAAAUUGCCAUUGCUGCUUGUUAUAUGGCAACAGCGUCGCGGCCUCAAGGCGAGCCUCUCAGUGGGAAGACGUUGGUUCUCAAAUGGAUUGAUGCGAAGGCAUCAAUGGGUGCCACACUGCAUAUGAAGCAGAGGCACGAGCGCAGCACAUGGCAACAAAAGCGACAGGACAUUUAUACCAAAGGCAAGAAAGUCAGCGCUUUUGCGCCAGCUUCAGAGGCAACAGCUGAGACGGGAUCUUCAUCUGAAGAGCAUUCUGUCGACUAUAUCAAAGAAAAUGGCCUUGGAAUCGAGAAGGACACUUUACUCUCUAUUGUAGGGUCUAUUGUCGAGUUGAUCCGAUCUGUCAUGGCGCCGCAACAAAAACCAGAAGAAGCACCACGUCCAGCGCUCGAUAUGGAACGUGUGAAAUCCAUUGAUCUGAAAUUACGUGCUACAUUGCUCCAAUUUGACAAACUACAUACUGAAAGUUCCCGCAAACGUAGUGCUGGCGAAGAGUCGGGUCCGACCAAGCGCGCACGCCUCGAUACCCAAGACUCGGAUUCCGAGUGA